CCCCCCCCGGGGCCGGCGCCUUUAGCGCGUACAGAACAAAGUCGUUGCAUGCAGCGCACAUUAGGGACCUUUCGCACCCCGCGUACGGAUACGAAACGAAUGCUGAUUCGUCACCUGGGUUCGAGGAUUCGUCAGAGUCCCUGCGGAGAACUCGUUUUCACGAAUGGAAGCCUCUUCAUUCGUGGCACGCUCCGAAUCCGUCAGGUACACAUUUAUUUGGAUAGGUAGACAUGUUUUGCAAGGUACACAUUUUUCCCUUGAUUCCAUGAUCCAUGCACGUGUGCCUGUAAAAACCCGUACGCCAAGCUACCGGCGCCCGCGGCCGUAUUCGUAGUUGCCAUGCACAUUUGCAUGACGACUUGCGAAACCUGAAAUCUGUUUUCAACGAAACGAUUACGAGCCGAAUCAAACUUUCGUUUCGCAUUCGUUUCGUAGCAAAUGCGAAAGGUCCCUACUGUUGAUACGAUUCGACCAGCAGCAGCGCGUAAUAAUGCAUGCCAUGGCUGCAUGGCCAGCGCCCUGCGACCGCUCAUUCAUCAUUUUGUAAUGUCCGCUUCACUUAUACUAUUAAUCGCAUUAAUAAAGUUAUUGUCUCCUCGUCGCCUUUUUAAUUUUAGUUUAGUUUUUUUUAAUAGUUUAGUUUUUCUUCUCUUCUUCUUUCUAUAUAAUUUUUGCUUUGCCCGUACAGCAGUGCAGUACAUGCAGGGGCUUUACCGGUUGGAAAAAAAUGAAUAGCCUAUUAUUAUAACGUGGAUCACCCACGUACGCGUUUCCGUUACGUGGGAACUAAACCUCCCUAUUACUAGUAUAGUAUAGUAAUUAGUAGCUAGAAACCGCCUGGAUAUGCACAUGCCGUGCGUGCCAGUGCUUCUAGUAGUUCCUAGUAGGAGAAAGAGAAAUGAGCCAUGGCAGAGAACAUGGAUACGUAUAAAUGGUGUCCUUUGGACGUUUUCAAGAAGAAGAUAGUGCCAGGAGAAGUGGAUGAUGGAAGGCGCUUUGCUUUAGUUGUUUUAAACCAGCCAAUUGAACCAGUAAAGCAUGUUUUCCGUCAUCUGUGGCAUAACGCCCACGUCAAGGUUCUUGUUGAUGGAGCAGUUAACCGUGUGGCUUCAUGCUUUGGAGACUCUUAUUCUGAGUAUGACCUCCAUGGUGUGUGCUGUGUAUGUGCCUGACAUUGUCUGCGGGGAUUUUGAUUCUGCUGACGAGGAGCUAUUGGACCACCAUCGCUCUACCCAAGGCGUUGCAGUACACCACACACCUGACCAGAACUACACGGACUUCCAUAAAUCACUGCAAGUGUUGGUGACACAUAUGUCUGUCCAUCCCCAAUCUAAGGUUGACGAAGUGUUUGUGUUGGGAGCGUUUGGAGGCCGCGUUGAUCAAUACUUUGCCAACGUUAAUGUCCUCCACAGUGUUCAGGCUACGGUUCCUCUGCCGAUUUAUCUACUCGAUGACAUCAAUCUGACAUGGCUCUUACGUAGUGGCCAGCACAUUAUUGAUGUUUGCAGUGGACUUGAAGGUGAUUGGUGUGGGCUUGUACCAGUUGGCUCAACGUGUGAGUCAGUAACCACUAGUGGUCUACAUUGGGAUCUAGAGGGUGACAGGAUGGAGUUCGGUGGUCUUAUCAGUACAUCUAAUCGUCUCGCUACACCCACUCCGCAUUCUGUGUCUGUUUCUUGUUCUCAUGCACUACUUUGGUGUAUUGGCAUCAACACCAGUAGCAUUUCUAGAGGUGAACAAUCAAGCACAUAGCAUGCAUUGGAGGAUAACUCUUUUUAUUCCCGUAGCUAUGCAAAAGACGUUACUUCAGUAACGUCUGGCGCUAGCCAGGGUUCACACAGCUUUAAUUCCCGUAGCUAUGCAGAAGACGUUACUUCAGUAACGUCUGGCGCUAGCCAGGGUCCACACAGCUUUAAGUUGGUAUUUGUUUGUUUGUUUGUGUCACGCCUGGCGCUAUCCCGUAUCUGUCCCGUACCGUACCAUCAAACACAGCUGGCCACAUACAGCUGGCCGCAAUAUUCAAAUAGGGCUUUCAAAUGCAAGAUCAUAACGUGAAGCAACUUGGAAGAAUGA